AGGGCCGCCCCCGAGCCCCGCCAGGGCCCCACCCCGCCUUCUUCUAGGCCCCGCCUCUAAUUCCCCAGCCUUCCAAGCUCCGCUCAGUACCGCCUCCAGCUCCGCCCAGGCCCCCACCCCCCGGCCCUUCGUCCCCGUAGUGUUCCUCACCGGCCUUUCGCCUUCCCACCCCCAGCAACCCCUCUCCCUCCUCCGGGCCUGCUCCCUCUCCCAGCUCGCCCUCGAGGAUCCCCAGAAGAAGUCGGUCCUCGCCCUCGGUGCUCCCCGCUGGGAGGCGGGGUGGGCCUGAGGACCGCCGAGCUCUGCCUUCCCUCGGAGGGGUCACUACUGCACAGACCCCACCCGUACAGAUCCGGUCCCCGUCGGUCCGCGGGGCUCUCGCUGGAGCCUCCCCGACUCCGGUUUCCCGUCAUCCAGAAGCCCGACGUAACCAAAGCCCAGUCUGUCACUUUAAACACGCCCCGCCCCGCCUCCCGCGGCUGUGUUGCCUCCUCGCUGGAGAACACCCUGGUCGACCUCUGUGCGUCCGUGUGCGCGAGCGCGUCCCGCCGAGGCGGUGGGCAGGGCGGACGGUGCGCAGUGCGUUCCCGCUGGUCGGAGCCAGCACACUAACGAUGCCACGCGCCCUGCCGUCCCUUCGCCUCCAGCCGCUGCAGUCUGGGCCCUGCAGGAGCUGGGAAAAACCGCAGGGAGGUCUUCAGGCCGAUAUGCAAGUCUCCCAGCCGAAGGGGCAGGGGACCUGAACAGGGGAAGCAGAGCACGUGGGCCUGGCCAGAGCUGACACCUGGCUAGGAGAGGAAGGACCAAGGGACGGGGCGUUCCCAGGUGGGAGCCUGGAGGGCAAAGCGUGGUGCGAGCAGGUGAGGGAGAGAGCUAGUUGGUAAGCGUGGAAGCCCACCCGAAGGGGCUUGACCUGUCCCGAGAGGUCCCCGCACACCCGCUCUGGCCGCACCCCGUACGGCGGGCGUGGAGGCGCAAGCCCGGCGGCCCGGCCUCCACCUGUCCCCCAAGUGCACCCUGGUCCGCGCCCAGAGCUCUCUGGAGGGUGGGGUAUCCGGGAGAGGGGUGGAGGCCAAACGCAAGGGCCCUCCUGGAGUCCCCAGCCCUACUUCGGAGCCAGGGGAGGGGGCACCAAGUGAGAGAAAUUGGGCACCCCCGCCUCCGCUCCUGCUUUCGCACCCGGCGCGCCCAUCUCGUCCCCGCGCGUCUGCACCGGCCAGGCGUCCCGCUUGCCUACCCGCCGCCGCGCCCCGCGCCCCCGACCCCAGGGCCUCUGCAUUCGGCCCCACCCCUGAGGGCCGGCCAGGAACGCCCCUGGACCAGAAUAAUUUCCAGGGGGCAAGAGCUUUCGAACCAAGUAAAAUAGAACUUGAAUGUAGCGGCUGCUGUUGCCUCCUUGUACGGGUAGCGGGGUUGGGGACGGAAGCCUUCGGUCGGUGGAGAGGAGAGAGGGAGAAGCCUUCGGGCGAUGGAAGGGGAAGAGAGGAAGUCCUUCGGGCGGUGGAGGGGGUAGAGAGCGAGGCCUUCGGGCGGUGGAGAGCGGGGAGGGGGAGUCCUUCGGGCGGUGGAAGGGGGAGAGAGGGAGGCCUUUGGGCGGUGGGGGCCACGGGGAGGGUGGUCUUCGGACUACGUGCGGGACAGGAGGUCAGGGCUGGCAAGUCCCUCAGGCCUCCCUCGUUGCCCCAGCCUCGCGGGCCGCCUAACUCCCCCGUUCCAAGGGUGCCACCGGACCCCGCUAGAGAGGAACUUUUCCGUUGGCUGGAUUUCAUCACCACCCGUUCCCGAUUCCACGUUUCCUUUAAGCGGGGCUGGCGGAGCCGCGAGGCGGCAAGGAACUGGAUUGCGAUUGGUCAGCACGUGCCUCGGUCGGCGGUACAAUUGGCUGAGGCGCUGCGCCUUGGGAAGCAUUCCCCGACGGGAUUGGUCGUCGCUCUCGCAGAGCCCGCCUCCCGCAGUACAAGCGGCCCCCGGCUCGGGUGGGAGGAGGGGACUCCGGGAGGAGGAACAUGGCGGCGGCGGACCUCGCUCACAUUCCUGAUGUGGACAUCGACUCCGACGGCGUCUUCAAGUAUGUGCUGAUCCGAGUCCACUCGGCUCCCCGCUCCGGGGCUCCGGCUGCAGAGAGCAAGGAGAUCGUGCGCGGCUACAAGUGGGCUGAGUACCAUGCGGACAUCUACGACAAAGUGUCGGGCGACAUGCAGAAGCAAGGCUGUGACUGUGAGUGUCUGGGCGGCGGGCGCAUCUCCCACCAGAGUCAGGACAAGAAGAUUCACGUGUACGGCUAUUCCAUGCACUUUGGGCCCUGGGCCCCCAGAGGCAGUCAGUACCUGGGUGGAGCUCAGAGUCCCCGCCUGUGCUCUUCACAAAAACCACCAGCAGAUGAGACCCUCGUGCGUCCCUCUGGGCGCCUCAGGCCCCAGGAUCCACCAUCAAGGCCUAUGGUCCUGCCCAGCACGCCAUUUCAACUGAGAAAAUCAAAGCCAAGUACCCUGACUACGAGGUCACCUGGGCUAACAACGGCUACUGAGCACUCCCAGCCCGGGGCCUGCUGCCUCCAGCAGCCACUUCAGAGCCCCCGCCUUUGCCUGCACUCCUCCUGCAGGGCUGGCCCUGCCUGCUCCUGCGGCAGUCUCUGGUGACGUGCUGUCCACCAGGCCUUGGAGACAGGCUAGCCUGGCCACAGAAUUAAAUGUGUUGCCACACCUGCCA